GCCUGCGCAGAGCGUCGCAAGGGAAGGAAUAAGAAAGCAGGCAAGAAGCGCCGAUAUGCAGGAAACGAUAGGUCACUACCAACUGCCCUCGACGGGGCAGGCGGUCUCGUCAUCUUCGGCUCAGCGUGGUAACCUCGUACCGCUUCUACGGCGUCCGCCUCCUCCGACCAGCGACAGUGGCAGGCUGCGAAGCGGUUCUUCGCAGCCUUCGGCUGCACCAGCCAUACUCCUUAUACGGCCCGUUCAGUUAUCGCGCUCCUCCGCGAUGAUGGCCGUGAAGGAACUGCCGCCGGACAGAGUGGUCCGGACGGCUGUCCUCCAGCUGGCCCACCCAACGCGCGAGCCUUUCUUCCGAGCAGAAGGGAACCAGCCCCCGCCUUUGGCCGACGCCUUCUUCCCGUCGGACGAAGAAGGGUCGCAGGGUGAGUGGGGACGACAGUCGGGUGGCCGCGGCAAAGCGAAAGGCCUUAGCUGGCUGCAGUGGCUGCUGGCCAACCUGCUUAUCCUGCUUGUGGCGGCCACCGUGGUCUUGGCCGUUUUCGGGCAGCGCAUGUUCGCCGCCUCCGGGCGCCAGGCGGCGGUGGGAACCACUGCGGGUUUCGUGCUGCGGUCAGACGCCGGCCUCCGGAAGCCGCCGCCCUUCGCCCCGCAUCCGCCGACGCACCGCAAAGCGGAGGACGCUGGUCGCAAGAGGAACCUGCCGCCAAUACUGAGUGGCAGGUCUACGCGACGAAGGACCAUCCAAAGUUUCAAGAAAGUCACCAGGAACCGCAAAGGAACAUCGACCUCGGCUGAACUGGCGAAGAGGGCGACCGAUGACUGACAUGGCCCGCAGUAUAUCAAGACACUGGCAUACAUCACGAGCUGUACCUGCCGUGGUGAUUGUCCUCGAGUAGGUUGCAGUUAUGUAAACGUUUUGCAAAGUUCAAGAACGCAGCAGUUUCCCAGACGAAUAGUUAUUCUCUUGCAAACAUAUAUCUCGCAGCAGCUCAGCCGUGUGUGUACGCUUGUGCUGACCUGUGCUUCAUAUCCGUGAGACCUGCACUCUCUCUCUCUUCCCUUCUGCCACAUGCUUUGUGUUUAGGCACUUAUGUGAAUGCUGUCACAUUAUCACAGAAAUAAAAAAAAAUGUUCGCUGCGU